AUGAGAAGCAAUCUUAUUUUUGGAAACAUUCAGGAGUCCCCGACCGGGGAAAUACCAGAAAACUGUGAAGAGAUUGUAAAGAACUUUAUAAGGGAAAAGCUGAAGAUAGCGAGUAAUCUUGUGGAAAAGUUAUCAUUCGAGAGGGUUCACAGAAUGGGUCAAAGGGAAGCUGGAAGAAACCGGAAAAUAGUGGCAAAAUUUUCUUUGUAUAAGGAAAGGGAGCUAGUUAGAAGGGAGUGGAAGGUCUUAAAUGGCACAGGAUACUUUAUUCAUGAGCAGUUCCCAAAGGAAGUAAUUGAGAAGAGAAAAAUGCUAGUUCCAAAGUUAAUAGAGGCCAAGAAAGAAGGGAAGCGAGCUUGGAUUUCAUUUGACACUUUAUAUAUUGAUGGUAAGCCACAGCGGGAGACGAGGGGCGACCGGAAGUAG